CACCCCCCCAGCUGAAUGGCCGCCCGGCCAGCGCGCGUUCGCUCGGCUCGGCGCUCCCUCGACGGCAGCAGGAGGGCGCUUCGGCCCCGGCCCGACAGCUGAGGCGGCAAGAUGACCGAGGCGCGCCGUGACAGCACCAGCAGCUUGCAGAGGAAGAAGCCCCCGUGGCUGAAGCUGGACAUCCCGGCUCCAAUGCCCGGGGCAGCGACCGAGGAGCCGGCCCCCGUGGCGCAGCCCGCAAAACGCCAGGCCUUCCUCCGGAGCGUCAGCAUGCCUGCUGAGAACGCCCCCCGCUUGCCGUCCCCCUAUGGCGAGGUGCGGCGGCCGGUCCUCCAGCGACAGAUGUCCAUCACCCAGACCAUCCGGAGCAGGCAGGUGCGUUUUGAGCGGAGUCAGACCCUGCCCAUCAGGGGGCGCCAGGUGGGCAGGAGGCCCCUGAGAAAGCGCCACUCACUGCCCAGAACGCUCUUCAGGGGCACGGCCGACUGGUUCGGCGUCAGCAAGGAGAGCGAGGCCGCGCAGAAGUGGCAGCGGAAGACCCUGCGCCACUGCAGCUUGCGCUACGGGAAGCUGAAGCCGCAGGUCGUGCGCGAGAUGGACCUGCCCAGCCAGGACAACGUCUCGCUGGCCAGCGCCGAGACCCCGCCGCCCCUCUACGUGCCCCCGGGCCAGCUGGGCAUGCAAAGGAUCAUUGACCCCUUGGCCCGCGGCCGGGCCUUCCGCGUGGUGGACGACGGCGACGGCUGCAGCAUGCCCCACACGCCGCUCACGCCGGGGGCCGCCUCGCUCUGCUCCUUCGCCAGCUCCCGCUCGGGCUUCAACCGCUGGCCCCGGCGGCGGAAGAGGGAGUCGGUGGCCAAGAUGGGCUUCCGGGCGGCGGCGGCACUCGUGAAGGGCCGCUCCGUGAAAGACGGCACCUUGCGGAGGGCUCGGCAACGCAGCUUCACUCCGGCCAGUUUCCUGGAGGAAGACACGGUGGAUUUCCCCGACGAGCUGGACACCUCCUUCUUUGCUCGGGAAGGAGUCCUGCACGAAGAACUCUCGACGUACCCCGAUGAAGUCUUUGAGUCCCCCUCGGAAGCUGCCAUCAAGGACACGGAAGCCAAGGCCCAGCAGCAGCCUCAGCCCGGCCUCACCGGAGGGGCCCUGGACAGGAGCGAGCUGGAGAGGAGCCACCUGAUGCUCCCCCUGGAGCGCGGCUGGCGGAAGCAGAAGGAGGGGGCCGCGGUGCAGCCCAAGGUGCGCCUGCGGCAGGAGGUGGUGAGCCUGGGGCUGCCGCGGCGUGGCCAGCGCAUCACGGUGCCGGUGCGCAAGCUGUUUUCCAAAGAGAAGCGCCCCUACGGCUUGGGCAUGGUGGGCCGGCUGACCAACCGGACGUACCGCAAGCGGAUCGACAGCUUUGUGAAGCAGCAGAUCGAGGACAUGGACGACCACCGGCCCUUCUUCACCUACUGGGUCACCUUCGUGCAUUCGCUCAUCACCAUCUUGGCGGUCUCGAUCUACGGCAUUGCCCCCGUGGGGUUUUCGCAGCACGAGACUGUGGAUUCGGUCUUGAGAAACCGAGGGGUUUACGAGAACGUGAAAUACGUCCAGCAGGAGAACUUCUGGAUCGGCCCCAGCUCGGAGGCCCUCAUCCACCUGGGCGCCAAGUUUGCCCCGUGCAUGCGCCAGGACCAGCAGGUGCACAGCUUCAUCAGCACCGCCCGCGAGAGGGAGAAGCGCUCGGCCUGCUGCGUGCGCAACGACAAGUCGGGCUGCGUGCAGACGGCGGAAGAGGAGUGCUCUACCACGCUGGCCGUGUGGGUGAAAUGGCCGGGUCACCCCAGCGCCCCCCUGCUGGCGGGAGGCAAGCGGCACUUCGGUUCGGUGUGUCAUCAAGACCCCAGGGUGUGUGAGCAGCCAGCCUCCACGGAUCCACACGAAUGGCCCGAUGACAUCACUAAGUGGCCUAUCUGCACCAAAAACAGUGCGGGGAACUACACCAACCACCUGCACAUGGACUGUGUGAUCACGGGCCGCCCCUGCUGCAUCGGAACCAAGGGAAGGUGUGAGAUCACUUCGCGGGAAUACUGCACCUUCAUGCACGGCUACUUCCACGAGGAGGCCACCCUCUGCUCCCAGGUGCACUGCAUGGAUGCCGUCUGCGGCCUCCUUCCCUUCCUCAACCCCGAGAUCCCAGAUCAGGUGUAUCGCCUUUGGCUGUCGCUCUUCCUCCAUGCAGGGAUCCUGCACUGCCUGGUCUCAGUGUGCUUCCAGAUGACCAUCCUGAGAGACCUGGAGAAGCUGGCCGGCUGGCACCGCAUCGCCAUCAUCUACCUGCUCAGCGGAGUCACGGGCAACCUGGCCAGCGCCAUUUUUCUGCCUUACCGGGCCGAGGUGGGCCCGGCAGGGUCCCAGUUUGGCAUCCUGGCCUGCCUCUUUGUGGAGCUGUUCCAGAGCUGGCAGAUCCUGGCCCGGCCCUGGCGCGCCUUCUUCAAGCUGCUGGCCGUGGUGCUCUUCCUCUUCGCCUUCGGCCUCCUGCCCUGGAUAGACAACUUUGCCCACAUCAGCGGCUUCGUCAGCGGCCUCUUCCUCUCCUUCGCCUUCCUGCCCUACAUCAGCUUCGGCCGGCUCGACCUGUACCGGAAGCGGUGCCAGAUCAUUGUCUUCCAGCUGGUCUUUGCCGGGCUCCUCUCUGGGCUGGUGCUGCUGUUCUACUUCUACCCGAUCCGCUGCGAGUGGUGCGAGUUCCUCACUUGCCUGCCCUUCACAGACAAGUUUUGCGAGAAGUACGACCUGGACGCCCAGCUCCACUGAGCAGGCCCGGCGCCCCGGGGACCGCCAGCCCCAGCCGCCCCUCGGAGGGACACCCACCCACCCCUGUUCUCCAGCGAAUCUGAAGCUCGCACUCAGGCUGCCUUAUCUCAGAGGCCAGAGCCGUCUCUGCCAACAGAACAGGGCCCGUCUGUGCCUUGUUCAAUUUUACGGAACCUUUUCUGCUGCCACGUUUUUAUUAUGCUCGUUUCAAAAUGGCCUUUUCAAUGAAUUUGUUAUUUGUUGCCCAGGUGGUGAUUAAAGACACACGUAGCGUUUUAGCUACAUUU